ACUGUCAUCUUUUUCCUCAGUCCUCUAUAGAUUCAUCUCUUAAAAUGUCGCCAGCCAAAGCUAUUGGUAUCGACUUGGGCACCACCUACUCAUGUGUCGGUGUCUGGCAAAAUGAUCGUGUUGAGAUCAUUGCCAACGACCAGGGUAACCGGACUACCCCCUCCUAUGUCUCGUUUUCCGACAACGAACGGUUGAUCGGUGACGCUGCUAAAAACCAGGUCGCCAUGAACCCCCAUCACACCGUUUUUGAUGCCAAGCGUCUCAUCGGUCGCAAAUUUGACGAUGCUGAGGUCCAGUCGGACAUCAAGCACUUCCCAUUCGUCGUCUUCAACAAGGGCGGGAAGCCCUACAUCCGAGUCGAGUACAAGGGAGAGUCUAAGGAGUUCUCUCCUGAAGAGAUUUCCUCCAUGGUUCUCCUCAAGAUGAAGGAGACUGCCGAGUCGUACUUGGGGUACAGCAUCAACGACGCCGUCGUCACCGUCCCUGCCUACUUCAACGACUCGCAACGGCAGGCAACCAAGGAUGCUGGUACUAUCUCGGGAAUGAACGUCCUCCGUAUCAUCAACGAGCCUACAGCUGCUGCCAUCGCCUACGGUCUUGACAAGAAAGUCGUUGGCGAGCGCAAUGUCCUCAUUUUCGAUCUUGGAGGAGGAACCUUCGAUGUGUCGCUCUUGACCAUCGAGGAGGGUAUCUUCGAGGUUAAGGCUACUGCCGGAGACACUCACUUGGGUGGUGAGGACUUCGACAACCGGCUCGUGAACCACUUUGCGCAGGAGUUCAAGCGCAAGCACAAGAAGGAUCUUUCCUCCAACCCUCGUGCUCUCCGUCGUCUACGGACUGCUUGCGAGCGUGCUAAGCGUACCUUGUCAUCGGCUACGCAGACUUCCAUUGAGAUCGACUCCCUCUUCGAGGGUAUCGACUUCUACACUUCCCUCACUCGUGCCCGUUUCGAAGAGCUGUGCGCGGACCUAUUCCGCAGCACGCUCGAGCCCGUUGAGAAAGUUCUCCGGGAUUCCAAGAUCGACAAGGCCAACGUCCACGAAAUCGUUCUGGUCGGUGGUUCUACUCGUAUUCCCCGUAUCGUUAAGCUCGUGUCCGACUUCUUCAACGGCAAGGAGCCCAACAAGAGCAUCAACCCUGACGAGGCUGUUGCUUACGGUGCUGCCGUUCAAGCUGCCAUUCUUUCCGGCGACACUUCAGAGAAGACUCAGGACCUCCUCCUUCUCGAUGUCGCUCCUCUUUCGCUCGGUAUUGAGACUGCUGGUGGUGUCAUGACCGCCCUCAUCAAGCGCAACACCACCGUCCCCACCAAGAAGUCCGAGACGUUCUCGACGUACUCUGACAACCAGCCUGGUGUGUUGAUUCAGGUGUACGAGGGUGAGCGUGCACGCACGAAGGACAACAACUUGCUCGGCAAGUUCGAGUUGUCUGGCAUUCCUCCCGCUCCUCGUGGUGUUCCUCAGAUCGAGGUCACCUUCGACAUUGACGCCAACGGUAUCUUGAACGUGUCUGCAUCUGACAAGACGACCGGCAAGUCGAAUCGCAUCACCAUCACCAACGACAAGGGUCGCUUGUCGGCUGAGGAGAUCGAGCGCAUGGUCAACGAGGCUGAGAAAUACAAGGCUGAGGAUGAGGCUGCCGCUGCUCGCAUUCAGGCCAAGAACGGCCUCGAAUCUUACGCUUACAACCUCCGCAAUUCCAUCAGCGACGAGAAGCUGGCUGAUAAGUUCGACCCUGCCGACAAGUCGAAGCUUGAGAGCGCCGUCAACGAGACCAUCUCAUGGCUGGAUGCAUCACAGGAAGCAUCGAAGGAGGAGUACGAGGGCAAGCAAAAGGAGUUGGAGGGUAUUGCCAACCCCAUCAUGCAGAAGCUCUACAGUGCUGCAGGUGGUCCUCCUGGCGGUGCUCCUGGUGGCUUCCCUGGUGGUGCUCCCGGCGGUUUCCCUGGCGGUGCACCGGGUGGUUUCCCUGGCGCUGGCGAGGACGGUCCUUCAGUUGAGGAGGUCGACUAAAGCAGUCGCAUGUUGUUUGUCCAGUGGUCUUGCGCAUUUUACGUCAUAUUUCAUCGCAUGCACAGUACGAUUGUCAUGAUCAAAUAAUGUCCCUACAGUUGUAUGUUACAUUAUCGCAUUUUCCUAGAAUGAAUUUCCCUUCCAUCUCUGCAUACACAA